UAAUGGCUGAACAAAGAUCUCGGUCUUUGUCUACUUCAGGUGAAGCUUUAUAUGAGAUUCUUGGCCUAGAAAAGGGGGCUACGCACGAUGAAAUUAAGAAGUCUUACAGAAAAUUGGCUCUAAAACACCAUCCAGACAAAAACCCAGACAACCCUGAAGCAGCAGAAACAUUCAAAGAGAUAAACAAUGCUCAUGCAAUACUGAGUGAUGUAUCCAAGAGGAAUAUUUAUGACAAAUAUGGCUCACUGGGGCUGUAUGUUGCAGAACAGUUUGGAGAAGAAAACGUUAAUGCAUACUUCAUGUUGUCAAGCUGGUGGGCAAAGGGUCUGUUUGCAAUCUGUGGGAUCUUGACUGGCUGCUAUUUUUGCUGCUGCCUUUGUUGCUGCUGUAAUUGCUGCUUUGGAAAGUGUAAACCCACUCCACCAGGAGGGGAGGAUUACGAAAACUAUGUUUCACCAGAGGACCUUGAGGAACAGAUUAAGACAGACAUGGAAUCAGAUGGAUAUACCCCAAUUGCAAUGCAGCCAAGAAAUGCAAAUGAAAAAACACAGCUGAUCGGAGACAGCCAUCGUACUUACCAGACAGACUCAUAAACCUCCGAAGAUUUCACAGGGACAAUCCAUUACAAAAAUGUGGGGGUUUACUUGCACAGGGAAGCAGUGUCCAUCUUGAUUGUACAUUUUGCAUUUUAUGCAAUUAUUCUUUCAUUCUCCUAUAUAAUGUGCUACUUAAAAACAAAUAAAGAAAAACAUGUGAGCCUGAUCCAGUCUUGAUAUCAAUACAAUGGUCAACAAACAUCCUUACUUGAGGUUAGUCAAUGAGUUUUACAGAACAAGGCUUUCCCCAAUGAUUUUAUCAUUUAAUUCCAUAUACUGUAAAUACCCUGUAUUGUAUAAAACUGAAGAGGCAUAUUAUUUGUCUUGAAAAAUCAUUUUGUCCUGCUGGCUCCUUAUAUAUUUUCAUGGAGAAACACUUCAUGUCAUGCUUUUUAAUAAAUUGUAUUCAG